AUAAACCCUAAGAGCUCGCGACUAUAAAUCACAUAUUCUGCUUUUUAACAUCGGUUUCCAUCGCCGCCGGACUGACUUUCAAAUUCAUCUUCCUCUCAGAUUGUUUUACAAGCUAAAUCAUGCAGAACGAAGAAGGGCAGAACACUGAGCUAUACGUUCCGAGAAAAUGCUCGGCCACAAACAGAUUGAUCACAUCAAAGGAUCAUGCCUCUGUUCAGCUUAACAUUGGUCAUCUUGAUGCCGAUGGUAUCUACACCGGCCAAUUUUCCACCUUUGCUCUCUGCGGAUUUGUCCGAGCUCAGGGAGAUGCAGACAGUGGCAUUGACAGGCUCUGGCAGAAGAAGAAGGUCGAAGCCAAACAACAGUGAGUGAGAGAGAAUGAAUCAUCUUCGCUGCUUCUUUCUUUUUUGUUUUUGGAUGAUUCAUUGAAUUUUCUCUAGAUGCGUACUCGUAUGUUGGUUUUCUGAUUUAUGGAAGAUAAUUACUAGUUUUUGAUGCCAAUCGAAGCAGAUUCUACAAUUCAGUUCUAAAUCUCUCCCAACUUUUUAAUAUAAAACAGAUUCUAUUUAAUCAAUCAU